UGCAUCACGUUUUGCAGUAAAGCUUUAAAAGUACCCAUACCUGCUUGACAAAGUAAUGUAGAUAGACAAUCAUUAUAAACAACCUGAAUUGUUUUUCUUAAAAACAUUCCACAAGGGAGCAGUAUACACAAAUCCUACGAAUGUGACAAAACAUCAAACCUCUGCUUAACUUAGAGAACUGAAAAUAGGAGGAGAUAAGAAAGAUGUAGCAGAUAUUCUGCUUCAGACCUUCUGUCAGUCUACAUGUUACAUUUGACUGAAAAUGGCCUGUUUUUACCUGUUGUUAGUUCUGUUAACAGUUACAUCUGGAUGCCGAGCCGACUCGAUGCUGAGUGUAUCAGCCUUUCUGGAAGACAGCGUAGCUCUCCCUUGUGGUCAUUUUUACAAGAAGGAUUUAACGAGCGGCCUCAGAAUGCGAUGGAUAAAGUAUUCCACAGACACCAGUGAGAAGAAAGUUAUCCUCUCUUGGCCUGAAACAUCCCAGGAUGCCAAACAUGUGAAAUGGGGAUCUGAUGAGAAAGGAACAAUGUCACUUAUUCUGACAAAUUCACAAAAAUCUGAUGAAGGAAUCUACAUCUGUGAAUUUUGUCUAUUGUGGAAUUGUACUCUCAGAAACAUAUCUUUACGAGUGAAAGACUGCAAAGUCCGUCCAGCAGUGAAGGUAGCACACAGCACACCCUUUCAACUUAACUGUUCAGUGGACAUAAAGGGACAAAAAGGUCCACUCAAUGUCUCCUGGGUAUUACUGAAAGCAGGCGAGCCUUCUCCCCUCAUCUCUGAAAGGGUUGAAGUGAGUGGCACAUCAUUGGUGAUCAAGUCUCCUAGUAUCAGUGACAGCUCUUGGUAUAGAUGCAGUUAUACUUAUGGGAAAAAUCACGGCUGCUAUGACAUCAGAAUGCACGUCCAAGCUGAAGAUGUGGAGGCGACAACCUUUCAGCAAGCUGAAGAUGUGGAGGCGACAACCUUUCGGCAAGUUGAAAAUGUUGAGGAGACCAUCUUUCAGCAAGCAAACAGGACCACCGAGCAGAGCGGGGACACAUUAACUGCUGCUUUGUCUCCAGUCAUUACUGUGGCUGUUGUCAUCGCUGUACUUGCAGGAGUCUACAUUUACUGGAGACGUUCACAGCAAACCCAGAGGGAUUCAGAAGGUGCAGUGAGAGAGAUCGAGUGCAUCCAUGAUUAUGAUUACCCUGUGACUCUUAUGCCGUCAAAUGAUCUCUCAGAUUCAAGCCAGGAAUUCAACAGAAUUUACCAUCAUUUGGAAAAUGAUAGCCUACAUACUUGUAAGUAGGAGUAUCAUAAUGAUAUUAUAGCAAUUGUAAUAAAACUAUAAUUUCUUUAUCUUUGUGAAUAAACACCCAAAUAAUUUUCUUCCCCCCAUACUACAGUUUCCGUGUAGGAAACGUAGUAUGUAACGUAGUACGUUUCUUAUUUACCUAAAUGUAAAUGUUUUUUAUUUUUAGAUUUUUUAUUUCAAAUGAAGAGAUUUCAUUACAACAUUUUAUUCAAUAUCUGAAGCACAAUGAAUGACCACAGAUGCUAAGAAAAUGCUGUUCAUUUAUGUAAUCAAGGUUCAGAUCAAGACAAAAACACAAACGUUUGUGUGAAGCUCUAGUUCACGGCCUGUAAUAAAUCAUAGAAACUGUCA